GUUAGUGUGACAUAACCUAAAAAGACUAUUCAUGUUUUUAUGUCCGACGAAACGGUCAAAACUCCUUAUUACUCUUUUAAAAUAAAUUCUUAUUGCGCGAGAAAUAUUUAACUGAUACAAUAAUGUCGUUGAGAGAUUCGAUCGAGAGAAGAAUAAUAAAGCAAAAACUUUGGAAUGAUUCUGCAUUCUCUGUUGAAGAAAGUCUUCUCGGUAUGGCUAUGGUAAAUCGUGGAUUAAUAGUUUUAGAAGGAUGUCAGGCAAUAUUGCGAAGAGACUAUGAUAAUAUGCCUGACAAAGUGAAAAUAAUAUCUGGAGGUGGGACAGGAAAUGAACCAGCAUUCGCGGGUUUUGUUGGACCUGGAAUGUUAACUGCCUCUAUAUCUGGGAGUGUUUCUUCUUCACCUCCGAGCAAUUCUAUACUAAAACUGAUUGAAGAAAUCGGCACUAAUCACGCACCUGGAGUGCUCAUAAUAAUCGAAAAUCGACCUGGCUACUGUAUAAAUUUUGCAUCAGCUGUAUUACGUGCGGAGAAUAUGAACUUGAAUGUUAAACUAAUCUUUGCUGGGAAUGAAAAGUCUUGGAAAGCUACUGAGCAAUCUGUGAAGAGUUGUGUUCAAUCUAAUAUUUUAUUUAUUCUUAAAAUCGCUGGUGCUAUGGCUGAAGAGGGCAGAACUCUUCACGAAAUGUAUACAGUUUGCAGUAGAGUUGCAACGAGUGGUGAAAUUGCAAGUAUUAAUGUGGGAAUUAAACCAGCUAUUCGAAGUCUUGGUACAUCUAACGAGAUGGAAAUUGGUAAUGGAACUCAUGGAGAAGCGGGCACAUUGAAAAUUCCAUUUUCCUCAUUGAAAAACACAGUGUCAACUUUACUAAAAAUAAUGUUGAAAUUAGAUUCAAUGGAGAGCUCAGAUUGUUUUACAAAAGGACAUCAAAUCGCGGUUAUUGUAAACAAUACUGGUGGCUGCAGUCAAAUGGAGACGAAUAUAUUUGCAAUGCAAGUUUUGCAGCAAUUGUCGAAUAUCGGUUUUGUAAUUGAAAGGGCAUAUGUAGGAACAAUGAUGACUAUUUUGGAUCACAGAGGAUUUCACGUUUCUUUAAUUGACCUCUCUUUAAAUUCAAGCAUACUUAAGUACUUGGAUAAUCAUGUGAAAGUUCCUGCUUGGCCUAGACCUUUCGGUGUGGCAGAUUUAGGAAAUAAUCAGGAAUCUGUAGACUCGAUCAUUACUUCUGGGAGGCAUGUUAAGGAUAAUCCAGAAGAUUUUCAAGUUGAACUAUUGGGACCUUCAAUGAAUGAAAAAUCCGGGCAAGCUUUUUUGACAGUCCUGUCAUUUGCUUGUGAGGCUGUGAUCGCCUGUACAGACCAAUUGGACAUAAUGGAUGAAGAAUUUGGAGAUGGUGAUUGUGGAACGACUUUAGCUGACGGAGCCAAAGCCAUCAAAACUGCAAUCAAGGAACAUCAGAUUUCGGGCAUCAAUCCCUUUGCAACUUUCACAAAAAUGAGUAGAAUCCUCGAAAAGAAAAUGGGAGGAUUACAAGGAGGUCUUUACUCUCUUUUCUUUCAAGCUAUUGCCAAGCUUUUUUCGGAGCAUUCGAAAAAUGAUAACAUAGAUGCGUUUUCGUGGCUUAAAGCUUUUACAAUGGCAAAUCAAACAAUAUCUGAAUUCGGAGGAGUAAAAGAAGGAGAUCGAACGAUGUUAGAUCCUCUUUUAAGUGCUCAAAAAAAAUUAGAGGAUUCCUUAAGUAGAAAGUGCCAUCCGAUUCAAGCAUUUGGAGAAGCAGUGAAAGUUGCUGAAGAAUGUGCUAUUAAAACAAUUAAUUUGCCGGGAUCAUCAAGUAAAAAAUAUAAGUAUCCUGAUCCUGGAGCUCACGCUGUUGGAAUAUGGAUGAGGGCUGCUUAUGAAGAUGACUAUUAUCAAUGCGAAGGGUGUAAUAGCCUGGGUGAUCUAAAAUAUUUGAGCAACGAACAUGAGACAAGAACAUCAUUUCUUUCGGCUCAACAGCCUCUAGUAAUGGACAUUAAAAAUUUACUAAGGCAUGCUUGUAUUAGGAGUUUGAGCUGCGAAGUACAUCCCGGGAAAGAAGGCGUGUGCUACUUUGGAGACGAUAAUAGAGGCCACGUUCUAAGUCACACAUUCACAUUGAAGGAUGCCCAGGCAAGGGGAUUCAGAAGGUGGUGCAGUUUCAUAGUAUUUAUGCGAGACAAACAGUUUCUCCUGAAUAUGUGGCCCUUUCUGAUAGACAAUUUGAAGGAAGUCAUUCGAGAAUUGCAAGAUUAUGCGGAGAGAAACUACAACAAAGAAGAAGCACAUUGUCCACAGAGAGCUGUUCGUAUUUCCAACGCUAAUAAUGGGCCAAGUUCACAGUCGAAUUCGAACAAACAUCCUAGAGCUCUCAGCGAAAUCACUAACGAAAAACACGUUUAUGUUAGAAUUCAUAUGUGGCUCGUGUGGAUUUUAAGCGCAGGUGCGAGACACUUUGUGGAAAUUUUACCCUUUAGUUUGGUGGACGAAGAGAUCAGUUUCAAGUUUGGACCUCAUAUAGAAACUCCUAUUGGUUACAUGUUGUUCAACGCAAAGUCCCCCGUCACUUUGAAUUUGGACCUGGAUGUUCCCGAGUUCGACGAGGUUUCCAACACAUCCCCAACAUCAGUUUUACGCGAUUUAAGAAAAGCUCUAGGAAGAGAGCAGUUUCGUCAAGUUUUAUUCGCUGUGCUUACUGGAGUUCAAGUAUUAGUGAGGGGUCCGAAAGCAUCCACUCUCGAAUCUUUAUAUAGUCUUUGCUCUCUCGUACCCAGAGCGUGUCGAAGGGUGAAAACUCAGGCUGUUCAGUACCUGGAUUCUAGUAUAUGUAAUUUUAUUGGGGUAGAUACGACAGUGGCAGUUCCGUUGCCCUGUGCUGAUGUCUGCAGACUAGAUAUAAUUCCCCCCGAGCACAGGACAGAAAAUUCGCCGUCACACGUAAUUCGAUGGACAGGAGUUUUGCCCCAAAAGCUUCCAACUCUCCUGGCAAAACUGGAAAAGUCGAUCGAAAACGAGAAGCUCGUCGACUCCGUCUUAAGAUCCCAUUUUGCGGCUCUUCAAGAAGAAUGGGCUAACAUCGCGAAAGUACUCCACGCGAUGCGAGGCCGUGGAUGCAGGGGAGAUCUUCCAGGUUUAAUGGUAAGCUUAGGAGCAGGACCACAGGAUCAGAAAUUAUUGGACGUGUGGUCGAUGGGUUUGCCCUCUAAUCCUGCGUGAUUUGCAAAUCAAUUUUUUUACUCUGUACAGUCAUGGUUGUGUUUUCGAUUUUUUUUUAGAUUAGUGUAAUCUAACGAAAGCAGAUUUAUAUUUGUAUCAUUCGAAGAAUUGAGCUACUUGUUAAACAAUUUAUAAGAAGCUUUUGAAACUUUAUGGUUUUCUGUAGAGGUGUAUUUUUAUUAUAGAGUACAAAAACUUACGGGAUUUUGAGUGUCGAAGAAAGGCGAAAAAAAAA